CCGAAGUUAUCGGCUUUUUGGUUCGACAGCUAUCUGCUCUCAAUAGCCUGAACACCUCCCAUGUAUUCUAUAUUUGUAUAAAAUUCUUAUAAGAAUUACUUAUUCUAGGUGCAAAAUCAUGAUUUUGUUAGAGAUAAACAAUAGAUUAGUUGAAGAAACUCUUUCAGUUAAAAUCAAAAAUGCUCAGGCGGGACUAAAGAAUGAAUCUAUAGAUGUUACUGUAGCUGAUUUUGAUGGAGUACUAUAUCAUAUAUCAAAUCUAAAUGGUGAUAAGUCGAAAAUAAGGGUAAGCAUUGCCCUCAAAUUUUAUAAAGAAUUACAAGAACACGGCGCCGAUGAAUUACUAAAAAAAGAGUAUGGUUCCUUUUUGACAACACCUGAAGAUAACUUUAACGUUUCCAUUCUUAUAAAUUUAGAAGAUAUACCAGCAAAUUGGCCAGAAGUAGUAAAAAAAAUUGGUCUAUUAAAAAGGAAUUGUUUUGCAUCUGUCUUUGAGAAAUAUUUUGAUUUUCAAGAAAAAGGAGAAGAGGGGCAUAAAAGAGCUGUUAUUAACUAUAGAGAUGAUGAGACUCUAUAUGUUGAAGCCAAAGCUGAUCGUGUAACUGUGGUUUUCUCAACAAGGUUUCGAGAUGAGAAUGAUGUUGUGAUUGGCAAAGUUUUCAUGCAAGAACUCAAAGAAGGUUUAAGGGCCUCACACACAGCACCUCCUGUAUUGUUUAGCCACAGAGAGCCACCUAGAGAACUACAGAACACUAAUGCAGUAGUAGAUAAUAAUGUUGGUUAUGUUACAUUUGUUCUCUUUCCGAGACAUACUGCUCGCAAUACGCGUGAUAAUACCAUUAACUUGAUACACAUGUUCCGCCACUACCUCCACUAUCACAUCAAGUGUUCGAAGGCCUAUAUCCAUAGCAGGAUGAGGGCCAAGACAUCAGAGUUCCUCAAGGUAUUGAACCGAGCCAGGCCAGAAAAUAAGUCAACAGAUAAGAAAACUAUAACGGGAAGGACUUUUAUUCGACGAGAUUGAUGUGAAUGUUACAAACAGUAAUAAAUUUAAUUGGACUCUAAUAUUUACUGCCGCAAUAGUUUCUUAACAACUAACGUACUACACUAUUUCAUUUAAUAUAUUCAGUCAUUAAUUUAUAUAUAUGCACAGUUGUCAUCUAAUCAUUGCAAUAUUUAUUUCAACAGUAAAAUAUUGUUACUGCUCCUUUAUUUUGAAUGAUCCAAAUUGAGUACAAAUUACACAUUUAUUAAUUAUAUUGAUGAGUUUGAUCGUUAUCCAAUUGUAUAGUGCAAUAUUUAUUAGUUAUAUUGUCCAAAGUAUUUUCAAAUCUACAAUUCGCUUAUCCACCCAAAACCUAAAUAUCUCAAAUAUUCUUUUCAAAAUAUUUAUCAGUUUCAAAUUGAGAACUGAUGUUCGUUAUUUAUUUUAUUCUCUUGUUGAAGUUUUUUGCUCAAUAGUUUUAAAAUUUUCGGUAAUUUACAAUUUUGCCUUUAUUUUAUUAUGCUUUUUAAUAGUCGUUCACAGGUAUGUUAUCUGAAAUUUUCACCUGAUUUUUAUCAAUAUAUUUAUUUGUUCCUGAAAUUGGCUAAUUUGAUAUCAUUAUGAUGUAGUGAAUGAAAUAGUUUAGUAUCAGUAUCCAGUGAAAAUUUUGGGUCGAUUUGAUUCAGUUUUUUGGCAAUGCAUAAUAGAUAAAUGAAAGUAAUUUUUAUUAUUAUUAUCCUCUGGGAUAUGUAUAUAUAGAUUUAACUGAUAAAUCUUUUUAAUUGUGCUUCCUUAUAAGAUAUAGGUGAGCACCUGUAUAUUAAAAUAAUGCGAUAUUUUUAAUUAAGGCUUUUUCAAGUAAUGAGAUAUCUUUCGUUUGAAGACAAAUUGAAAUGUAUUAAUUUUUGUAAAUUUAUAAAAUCGCUUUUUGUACUUUAUCAUUUUCUAUAUUGAUGUUGGGUAUGUGUUUGCUGGUCCUGACAUUAUUUCAUUUGAUUUUAUAAAGGUCUUUUUAAUAUAUAAUUUAUUAUUCUUCGAAUUAUUUCUACAUGAAUAGAGUGGACAGAAUUUAUUGUUCUCUAAAAUAGAAUUUCUGGGAAAGUCAAUAUUAUCUACUGAUUUUCUGGUACUCAUCGUUCCACUAAAACACCUAAUUGACCUCAGAGGUACCUAAACAUAUAUGAAAAGUUAUAAGCAGGUGUACUGUUCAUCAAUUAUAGAAAUAAAAAUGUUAUUUUAAA